CUUUCUUUUUUCCUGCUAAUUGUAUGUAGUACUUUAUUUCCUUGAAAUUUUUAGCUAAAGUUUGAUUAUAUGUUUUUGUUGCGUUUAAAACACUUAGUUAUCAAUUGCUGAAAUUUCGAACUGUUCAUAAAAAUGGAGGUUGUCUGAAGUUAGGGUGACUUUACCUUUCCAGUUGACGAUGAUUCAUUUUUGUGUUUAUUCGAUUGAUCUGUGUAGAAUAUCACCUGAUCUCAUACUACUUCUGUUAUUAUUAAAGGGCAUAAUUAUAUAAGAUAGGUUUUUAAUACUUCAUCAAUUACCAAACUCGAUCAUUAUUGAGUUAUGGAAACCAAACUUGGGUUAUGUCUCCUUAUGAUCUUUGCAAAUUUUUUUUGUUGAUGUAUGAUACUUACUAAAAAGGGAUUCUUCUAAGUGAAGUGUUGUUGAGUGUAUCUUUUAUUUUGGAGGGUGGAAACGGAGGAGGCGAGUGUUGAUUGGGUGAUGGCGGAAGGGAGGGGGCAUGUUGACUAUCGAUGUGAUUAAGGGAACCCAUCAAUCAGCUGUUAAUUUACAUAAAAUGUGAAGUGUAUGGUCUUUCUUUGUCAUAUGAAAAACGAGAGAUAGAAAAAGAGAUGAGGUGUUAGUGAGGGAUCAUGCUGAGGCAGAUCCCAGAACACUGACUGAUCUCUUUGGAAGAUUUUUCAGGCUUCUAUGGCAGAAGGUUCUAUGUCAUGUUUGUUUCGGUGUUAACUGCUGCUAUUUUAGUGUUACUUUUGGAAGAUCUGGAUGAACAAAUUGGUUAAGAUGGUAGCGGAUCUCUUUUAAGUUUCAAAAUGACAAGUCUAAUGUCAAAAUCAAUGAGAAUCUCGCGGCUUUUCUAUCUUACACUACGGCAUAGUUGAUGAAGAAUCUGAGACUGAUGGAGGCAGUUUGUCUUACAGUAUCCCAGUGUUUGAUGACUGUGAAGAAUAUGAGGAUGGAGAAGACUGGUCUGUGGUGGAACAUGAUAAUGAAAUUCAUGAAAAUGAUUCAAAGAAAGAGUCCCCACAACCCACAGUCGGUCUGGAAUUUGGGUCUUUCGAUGAAGCAUAUGAUUUUUAUAACAUGUAUGGAAAGGAACAAGGAUUUGGUAUCAGAGUGAGCAACUCCUGGUUUAGAUCCAAAAGGAAAGAAAGGUAUAGAGCAAAACUUAGCUGCAGUAACGCAGGUUUCAAGAAGAAAAGUGGAGCAAAUCACCCUAGGCCAGAAACAAGAACUGGUUGUCCUGCAAUGCUAGUAAUUAAGCUUGUGGACUCAAAAAGAUGGAGAAUUGUUGAAGUUUGUGCUUCAGCAUAAUCAUACAGUAAGCCCAGAGAUCAGACGGUUCUAUAAGUCUCACAAAUAGAUGAUUCUUGCUUCUAAAAAACAGCAGGAAUUGACACCUGUUACAGAAGGACAUACAAUUAAGUUACCACACAUCUAUUGAUGCUGCUUAUAAUGGAUCCCAAGAAGUCGAGGAAACAGAUAGUGUGCUUCCUGUUGAUACCUCAAAGCAUUUAGAGCUUAAAGAGGGGGAUGCACAUGCCCUGUAUAAUUAUUUUUGUCGUAUGAAGUUGACAAAUCCAAACUUCUUUUAUCUGAUGGAUCUUGAUGAUGAAGGAUGCCUGAGAAAUGUGUUCUGGGCUGAUGCUAGGUCAAGGGCUGCUUUCAACUCCUUUUCUGAUGCAGUUGCAAUUGAUACAACAAGCUUGAGAAACAAAUAUGGAAUUCCUCUAAUUUCUUUUGUCGGAUUAAACAAUCAUGGGCAACCUGUUUUGCUGGGAUGUGGUUUUCUUGGACAUGAUUCAGCAGAGUACUUUAUUUGGAUGUUGAAAUCAUGGCAAACAUGUAUGCUGGGGAGACAUCCACAAGUUAUUCUAACGGAUCAGUCAAAAUCAUUGCAAAUUGCAGUUUCUAAGGUUUUCCCUCGAGCUUGUCAUUGUUAUUGUUUGUCAUACAUCAUACAGCGAGUUCCUGAGAAGUUGGGAGGAUUGAAGGGGUAUGAGUCUAUCAAGAUGCAACUGUAUAAAGCAGUUUAUAAUUCUUUGAAGAUCACCGAAUUUGAAAGUUCUUGGUCUCAGAUGAUAAGUCAGCCUGGACUCAAGGACAAUAAAUGGCUUCAAUCAUUGUAUGAAGAUCGUGAAAAAUGGGUACCAGUCUACUUAAAAAGAUAUUUCCUUCAUAGGAAUCAUGCCAAUAAAGGAAAACGAGAGUUUGGAUUCAUUUUUUGAUGGUUAUGUACAUAAACACACUUCAUUCAAAGAAUUUGUUGAUAAGUAUGAUCUAGCCCUGCAAAGGAAAUACCUGAAAGAAGCAAUGGCUGAUAUGGAGUCAAGAAGUUCAAGCUUUGAACUGAAAACAAAAUGCAGAUUUGAGCAGCAACUAUCGCGGAUAUUCACAAAGGAAAUAUUCAAGAAGUUCCAAAAAGAAGUUGAGGAAAUGCAUUCUUGCUUUAACACAAGACAAGUAAACAUUGCUGGGCCAAUAAUGACAUUUAUUGUCAAGGAAAGAGUAGAAUCUGAAGGAGAUCAGGCAGUUUGAGGUUCUCUAUGAGACUACACAAGUAGAAGUACGUUGUAUUUGCAGUUUGUUUAACUUUAAAGGAUACUUAUGCAGACAUGCAUUGAAUGUACUGAAUUACAAUGGUGUAGAAGAUAUUCCAUCACAAUACAUCCUACCGCGUUGGGAUAAAGAUUACAAACGUAAGACUCCAGUAGAUAGUGUUCUUAGUCAUGUUGAUGUGAAUAAUCCUGUGGAAUCAUACAAUCAUCUACAUAAACAUGUCAUGCAAGUUGUUGAAGAAGGGGCUCAAUCUGAGGAGCAUUACAUGGCGGUCCUUCAAGAAUUACAAGCUUUAUUGAACAGGUUUUCCCUUAUAGAUGGCAAUUUGGUUUCACUGUAGUAUUUGACAUGGAGCAAUUCAAUGCAGAAUUAUAGUGCAUCUUUGUACAGAAUAUAUAUCACAUAUCUUGAUAUAAGGAUGGAAUUGUGGUAGUUUGAAAUUGCAUUA